GUCGCUGCUUCCAAAGACCCGGUGGCAGAUGAAACCCGUGGAGAUGAUGUUGAGUUUGACCGUGGUUCUGCUGGUGACGUGGACCUUGGGGAGAGCCCAGGAGAACAUCUCCUGGGAGGUCCAGCGCUACGACGGCUGGUACAACAACCUGCUGUACCACAGCCGCGGCUCGGUGGGUGCCAGGCUGCUGCGUCUCCUGCCGGCCAACUACGCGGAUGGCGUCUACCAGGCACUGCAGGAGCCCCGUGUGCCCAACGCUCGCCAGCUCAGCAACGCAGUGGCACGGGGACCCUCUGGGCUGCCCUCCCGCAGGAACACAACUGUGCUGGCCGUCUUCUUCGGUUUCCACGUGCUCUUGGACAUCCUGGGGACGGAGAAACCCGGCUGCCCUGCUGAGUUCCUGAACAUCCACAUCCCAUCCGGAGACCCCGUGUUUGACCCUGCAGGCACCGGAGACGUGGUCCUGCCCUUCCAGCGCAUCCAGUGGGCGACAGAGACGGGGCUGAGCCCCAACAGCCCCCGGGAACAGACCAACGAGGUGACGGGCUGGCUGGAUGGCAGCUCCAUCUACGGCCCCUUGCACUCCUGGAGCGAUGCCCUGAGGAGCUUCUCGGGGGGACGGCUGGCUUCGGGGCCCGGCGGGCGCCUCCCGAGGGAGACGGACGGGAGAGUCCCCAUGUGGAGGGCGCUGGAUCCAUCCACGGGACAGGGUGGUCCCCAGGGGAUCUACGACCUGGGAAGCGCCUGGGGGAACGAGAACCGCUUCCUGCAAGCUGAGAGCAUCGCCUGGUUUCAGUACCACAACCACCUGGCCGCGGCGCUGGCCCAGGUACACCCCACCUGGUCUGAUGAGGACCUCUUCCAACACACUCGCAAGCGGGUCAUCGCCACCUUCCAGAGCAUCGUGCUGUACGAGUGGCUGCCGACCCUGCUGGGGAGACCCGUCCCGGAGUACAAAGGUUACCAGCAGCACCUGGACCCCAGCCUCUCGCCGGAGUUCGUAGUGGCUGCGGGGCAAUUCCUGGCCACCAUGGUGCCACCGGGCAUCUACAAGAGAGAGCCCAAGUGCCAGUUCCAGAAAGUGCCCGGCCCCGGUGGCUCAUUCCCAGCGGUGCGGCUCUGCAACAGCUACUGGAGCAGAGAGAGCACCGGGCCACAGCAGGCAGAGGACGUGGAAAACCUCCUGCUAGGGAUGAGCUCACAGAUUGCAGAGCGGGAGGACAACAUUGUGGUGGAAGAUCUCCAAGAUUACUGGUACGGGCCCCUGAAGUACUCCCGCACCGACUAUGUGGCCAGCUGGUUCCAGCGCGGACGAGACCUUGGCCUGCCCACCUAUAACCAAGCCCGGGAGCGAUUCGGAUUGGAGACUCUCCAGAACUGGUCGGACCUUGCCCCACACCUUGAGCAACAGAAUUCCCUCUGCUCACAAGUGUGCGCGGUGGGGGUUUAUGGCCAGGUCCUGGAGAAGGUCGCUGCUCUGUAUGCCAACAACACGGCCGGGCUGGAGCUGCUCCCUGGAGGCAUGCUGGAGGUUGACGGCUCCCUCUUCAGUGCCAUCAUCCUGGACCAGUUUGUGCGCCUGCGUGAUGGCGACAGAUUUUGGUUCGAAAACACCAAAAACGGGCUGUUCACAGCGGAGGAAACCAGGCAGAUCCGUAACACAACCUUCCAUGAUGUCCUGGUUGCCGUCACCCACGUGGACCCCACAGACCUCCAGCCCCACGUGUUCGUCUGGAAUGAGGGAGACCCAUGCCCCCAGCCCCAGCAGCUGACAACUCAACAUCUGACCAACUGCACGCCCAUGACCGUACUGGACUACUUCGAAGGCAGCGGCCCAGGCUUUGGGAUCAUCAUCGUUGUCCUCUGCUGUCUGCCUUUAGUGACUCUCUUUGUUGCCUGGAUUGUUGCCUUUCUCCGCGAAAGAGGUUUCAAGAAGCUGCAGAAGCAGCAGAGCUCCAGCGUGCGGAGGGAGGUGACCGGCGAGGCGAUACGCGCCAUGGAGUGGCACGGUCCCAAGACGGACAGCUCUCCUGUCUACAUUCAGCUCCAAGCUGACAAAGCGCUCAAAGUGCUGGAUGGGAGAGGGUCUGUGCUCCGGAGCAUCAGCCUGAAAGCCCAUCAAAGGGUGGAGGUCAUCCUCUCUAGCAACAAAGGGAACAAAGCUCUGCUCCUGAAGAGCCCCAAGGAGUACGACCUGGUGCUGCUUUUCAGUGAGGAGGCAGAGAGGAGCAACUUCAUUGGGAAGCUACGAGGCUACUUGGAGGAGAGCAGCCUUGAUCUGCAUAUGUCUGAGAUGAAGGAGCAGAGCCUGAUGAAACGGGCAAUCACCCAGGAGCAGAGGAAACAAAUUCUGGAGACUUUCUUCAGGCACCUGUUUGCUCAGGUGCUGGAAAUCGACAGGUCCGAUGCCGGAGAGCUCAACUUUGAAUCUUCACAGAAGGCAAAGGAGUCUCUGACAUGUGAGCUGAGCCGGGCUGAGUUUGCCACGGCCCUGGGGCUCAAAGCCGACUCCAUGUUUGUGGACUCCAUGUUCUCCCUGGCUGACAAAGACGGCAAUGGCUACAUCUCCUUCCGGGAGUUCCUGGACAUUUUGGUGGUCUUCAUGAAAGGGUCCCCAGAGGAGAAGUCCAAGGUGAUGUUCAGGAUGUAUGACAUUGAUGAGAAUGGGUUCCUCUCCAAGAAGGAGUUUCUGAGGAUGCUCAGGUCCUUCAUCGAGAUCUCCAACAACUGCCUGUCAAGAGACCAGGCAGAGCAGGUGACCGAGUCCAUGUUUCGGGCCUCAGGGUUUCAGGACAGGGAUGAGCUGACAUGGGAGGAUUUCCACUACAUGCUGCGGGACCACGACAGCGAGCUUCGUUUCACCCAGCUCUGCAUCAAAGGUGUCCCCACGGUGCUCAAGCAAAACCUGCACAACCGCGUCUCCUUCAUAAAAAAGAAAGAGCCAAAAGGAACCAUCUUAGAGGAGGAGAAAGACCCAAACCUCUACACCGUGAACCACUACGUGGAGCGAGAAGGGCAAGAGCUGAGGAAGAGACCAGGCAGAAAGGUGAAUCAGUACCAGCUGCAUUUAUACACCGAAGCGCAACGGAAGAAGUACGAGCGGAACAAAGUUCAGCAGAAGAUCCAGGAGUUCAAGCGCUUCGUUGAGAAUUACCGGCGCCAUAUCGUCUGCGUGGUUCUCUUCUCUGCCAUCACCGCUGGCGUGUUCGUGGAGAGAGCCUACUACUACGGCUUCGCAUCCCCCAGCACUGGAAUCGCGCAGACCACCUUUGUGGGGAUCAUCAUCUCCCGGGGAGCGGCUGCCAGCAUCUCCUUCAUGUACUCCUACCUCUUGCUCACCAUGUGUCGCAACCUUAUCACCGUCCUGCGGGAGACCUUCCUUAAUCAUUACAUCCCCUUCGAUGCUGCCGUGGACUUCCAUCGCUGGGUUGCCAUGGCAGCCCUGAUUUUCUCAGUGCUCCACACACUAGGUCAUGUAGUGAACAUCUACAUCUUCUCAGUCACGCCUCUCAGCGUGUUGUCCUGCCUCUUUUCCAGUGUCUUUAUGAAUGAUGGGUCACAGCUCCCACAGAAGUAUUACUGGUGGUUCUUCCAGACUGUUCCAGGCAUGACGGGAGUGCUGCUGCUCGUGAUCCUGGCUGUGAUGUAUGUGUUCGCCACCCACCACUUCCGACGCGUCAGCUUCCAGGGCUUCUGGAUCACCCACCAUCUCUACAUGCUCCUCUACGUCCUGGUCGUCAUCCACGGCAGCUACGCGCUGAUCCAGCAGCCCACCUUCCACAUCUACUUCAUCAUCCCAGCUCUCAUCUACGGAGCGGACAAGCUGCUCAGCCUGAGCAGGAAGAAGGUGGAGAUCAGCGUGGUGAAAGCCGAACUUUUGCCCUCAGGCGUCACCCACCUCCGGUUCCAGCGGCCGCAGGACUUUGACUACAAGUCCGGGCAGUGGGUGCGCAUCGCCUGUGUGGCCCUGGGCACCACCGAGUACCACCCCUUCACCCUGACCUCAGCACCGCACGAGGACACGCUGAGCCUGCACAUCCGGGCCGUGGGGCCCUGGACAACCCGCCUGCGGGAGCUCUACUCCCCAGAGAGCCUGGUCCUCAUCGGCAAGCUGCCCAAGCUCUAUCUGGACGGGCCCUUUGGGGAGGGCCAUCAGGAGUGGAACAAGUUUGAGGUGUCGGUACUGGUGGGAGGAGGCAUUGGGGUGACGCCCUUUGCGUCCAUUCUCAAAGACCUGGUCUUCAAGUCAUCCAUCAGCUCCAAGCUGCUGUGUAAGAAGAUCUACUUCAUCUGGGUGACCCGCACGCAGCGGCAAUUUGAGUGGCUAGCAGACAUCAUCCGCGAGGUGGAGGAGACGGACAGGAACGACCUGGUCUCUGUGCACAUCUACAUCACGCAGCUGGCUGAGAAGUUUGACCUGCGCACCACUAUGCUGUACAUCUGCGAGCGGCACUUCCAGAAGGUGUUGAACAAGAGCCUGUUCACGGGGCUGCGCUCCAUCACCCAUUUCGGGCGCCCUCCCUUCGUACCCUUCUUCAAUUCGCUGCAGGAGGUGCACCCCGAGGUGCAGAAGAUCGGGGUGUUCAGCUGUGGCCCGCCUGGGAUGACGAAGAGCGUGGAAAAGGCUUGUCGGCAGCUGAACAAGAAGGACCAGACCUACUUCGCACAUCACUAUGAGAAUUUCUGA